GCCGGGGGCGGCACUGAGUUCUAGCAUAGAAAUGACAGCACCGGGCUCUGCUUUCCCCGCGAGUCGUGUUCACCGCUGUUUUCCCUGCCAGAACUUUGCAGUUGGCAUGAGGCCAUGCUUUCUCAGAAUCUUCCUUCAAGGUCCUUAUCAGGAAUCCAUUAGUUUAGCAGCAUAAAAAAUACACUAAGGUAGACAGAGUGACUUUCUUCAGACAGACGCACUUUCUUCAAGUGCUCUUUGGGGUAAGGUCAGUUUAUAGAAGCAGAAGAUAUGGGCUUAUACCCCAAAAAUGAUUGUUGUAAAAUGGCUUUCCAGAAUGUCUCUUUUUAAUACUCCACUAAGCCAUGUCUCUAAGAGCCACAUCUUGGUAUCUUCUAAAUACCUGCAGGAAUGCUGACUCAACCACUUCCCUGGGCAGCCUGUUCCAAUGCUCUUGACAACCCCUUCAGUGAAGAAAAUUUUACUAAUAGCUGUUUUAAACUUCCCCUGGCCCAGCCUGAGCCUCUUUCCUCUCUCUCAUCCUGUUGGUUAUUACCUGGAAGAAGAGACAUGCCUCACUUGGCUACAGCACCUUUUCAGGGAGUUAGAGAGAGCAAUGAGCCUCCUUUUCUCCAGGACUAACAACCCAGCUUCCUCAGCAAUUCCUUAUAGGACUUGUGUUCCAGAACUUGACCUGUUUCAGGGCAGUAAGCUGAAAAGUUUCAGGUCGGUUUAAUGUGUUAUGCUGUUGUCUAUAGCUUACUUUAAAUUAAACUCAAAAGAGCUAAAUAAUUCUUAUGUCAGUCCUGGGAAAGCAAGUGUGCAUAGCUCUUCUGCCUCUUUUGUGUCACAUUCCUUCUUUUUGUCUUACAAAGGAUUUAUAGCACAAUAGUAUGUGAAGUGUUGUUCAUGUGUAUGCAGUGCCUGGCUUGGCACUAUGUUCUUGUGCCCUGAUCUUGACGUCAGACCUGUACAGGUGAACUUUUGCAAUAGGGACAGAACUUUAUUUUGUGAAUGAAGAAAUCUUUUUUUUUCCAGACAUACACAGAAUUAUGUAAAUCCAUAGAUAAAUCUUAAAAUUAAAGUGUUAUUUCAUGCAUUUUGCUUGACAUCUGCCAGAACAAAGUCCCCACCUGUUUUUGGCAGGAACCUGCUAUACCUCAGACUUCAACACAGAACAAUGCUUUGUCCUACAUGACUUGACUUUGAAUGUGUGUGAAGCAGAAACAGUUUGAUUUGUGGCUGAGAAAAUGGAGAUGAAGUGGUGACCUCUCCUGUGGCUCCCCAAGCCAAGCCUCUUGUGGUUAUUGAGAAAACAUUUUUUGUUAGGGAAGAGACCUGACUCACUUCUCAUUUUGAGGUAGAAAAUGACCUGGAAAUGGGAGAUGUCGAGCUCCAUCAAGAGCCUUGUUUCAGAGCAAAAGUAAUGAAUAAACUCUUUAAGGCCAGUUUUUCUUAGAAAACUUUCAAAAGCACUUAGUUGUUUCUUGUCUAAGGGAAGGCAUUUGCUUAAGAGCUCACAUAGUUCUACGAUUCACCAAUUUUAAACGCUAAAGUCACUUCACACUAAAAUUUGGACAAUUAUUAGUGAAAACACUAAGGUAAUAGUUUUAUAACCCGCAAAGUGAGUAAUUAGCUAAGAAAAUUCCGAUUUCUGGCAGAAAAAUUGAUGCUUAGAGCGGUAUUCAUUUACGUAUCAAGGUCUUCCUGAAGCCUUCAGGAUCACAGCUUGCUCUUUUUGCUAUGCAGUCAGAUUUCAAGUGCAAAAAAGUUUGGUUUUGUGUUCAGAAGUCUCUCAGAUGUCAGUGUUUAGGUAUCAAAAUUGAACCUCAACAAUAAAUAUAAAAAAAUCCAGAGAAAUUAUACUAAGUGAUAAAAAAGACUUUGUUGUGUAUAAGUCCCUCAGUUUCAGAGGAGAAGUUGUUUGGAAAUUCGCUUCUUCAGGUCCCAGCUCAAACUAGUGGAGGGAUUCCCAGAGAUCCAGUGUUGAGGAAGAUACUUCCAUAGAGCAGCUGCAGAUGCAUGGGCUGGGUUUUCUUGAGUCUGGUAAAGUAAGAAAUCAAGUUUCAUCAUUUUCUGGGCAGAUAUUUUGAGUUUUUUAAUAAGAAAUGGAGUCUGUUGACAGAAAUAAAGCUCUUGGCUUUGAUUUUUGCUCAACAGUUGCAUGCUUUGCAUGUGGAAUCGGUAGCUUUUUGAGGUGCCUGAAUUAAAUAAUUUUGUCUAACUUUAAGCAGCAGCUUGUACAGACCAUACUCUCAGAAGUCAAGAAAAGGUGAUGAAAUUACACCAAAUGCUUGAGAUACCACGUGAGCAGCUCCUGUGGUAGCUGCCUAUUGCAUGCAAAGUUUUUAAAAGGAUAUUUCAAAGGGGGAAUUUGUAUGAACCCUUCUUUGUAGGAAACAUUUAUCUAGAAUUUAAACUAGACUUCAUGCUCUGAAGUUGCUAAUUUUAAAUAAGUGUUGUUUAGGGAAUUUUGAAGGCUUUCUUCCCAACUGCUUUGUUUUAUUGAUGGAUUAUUUGAGUAGUAGUGCUCCAACUGGUUUCUGGUUUUUAGAAAGCAGCUUUCACCUUUAUUUUAAGUUUUCAGCCAUUGCACAGGGUUUUAAAAGUAUGGAGCUUUGUUGUCUCGUUAUUUGAACAAUGCCAGAAGAAUGCUUGAAACUGUCAUUUUGAUUUGAGUGUAACUUGUUCUUGGUGUGAGGAUCUUACAGAUCAUUAAGGAUGGUUGUACUUGCAUUAUUUACAUGUUACUUCUGCUGUUUGGCCUGAUGGCUGUUAACAGCCAUUGACACUAUGGAACCACUUUAUAGUGAAACCUCUGAUGAGGCCCUUCACCUGUACCUGCUCUGCUCUCUCUGCUCAGUAGAUCACCUACAUGGUAGGUGGGCUCUCUGUGACAGAGGAGCUGUGACCUGGCAUGUGACACUUAACAUUGCACAUCAUUUCUCUGGGACCACUGAGAGAAAUUUACUAUUUCACUUCAUUAUCAAAUCAAUUUGCCCCUUCCAAAUUCACUAUAAAGUGGGUCUGCUAUGACUGAGCUUCAGAGAAGCCCAUGCUGAUGACAUUGCAUAGAUUAUUGCAUCCUAAUCUUGCAUGUCUUUUCUCAAAGCUUUCUUUUAUUUUUAAUUUAUAUUUCCUUUCUUGCUGCAGUUUUUUUUUCUCUUCUUUUGUAUUGUAGGAUCGGGAUAUUCACUCCUUGAAGAUGAUGAGGAUGCUUAUGCACGCAGUAGAUACAAAGAUGUAAACCUGCUACCUGAAGUGCCAAGUGAAGCGUGUCUAACAAAUGCAUGUGUGCAUUCCAAAACCAAAUUAUGUAGCUGGAUGAGUGAAUGGAUGGGCAUAUUUAAAAAGCAAAUUCCGAUUUUCUUCCCUAUUCUGGAAGACUUUGCCAUUCAGCAUGAGUGAGAAGUUUUUUGCUACUACCAAAACACCGUGGUGCUCCCCCAUUAAAGUGAAACAUGGUUAUGCAAACUGCAGGACACCUCAAGGGGAAUAUUACAAGAAUGUGCUGGGCACAAGAUGUGAUAUUCGCUGUCAGAAAGGCUACGAACUGCAUGGUCCUCACCAGCUCAUUUGUCAGUCAAGCAAACGCUGGUCUGGGAAGGUGCUGUGCAAACAAAAGCGUUGCCCUACCCUGUCCAUGCCAACCAAUGGGGGCUUCAAGUGUUUGGAUGGUGCCUACUUUGGCUCGAGGUGUGAGUACUACUGCUCCCCAGGGUAUCAGCUGAAGGGGGACCGCAUCGUCACCUGCAUGGACAACAAAGUCUGGAGCGGCCGGCCAGCCGCCUGCGUCGAUACUGAACCUCCGAGGCUCCAGUGCCCAAGUGUGAAGGAGAAAACCGCAGAGCCCAACAAGUUGACAGCCAGAGUGUUCUGGGACACCCCGGAGGGACGAGACACUGCUGACGGGAUUCUGACGGAUGUUAUUUUGAAAGGCCUGCCACCAGGGUCUCACUUUCCAGAAGGUGACCACAAAAUCCACUAUACUGUGUACGACAGAGCUGAAAAUAAAGGCACUUGCAAAUUUCUUGUUAAAGUCAGAGUCAGGCGCUGUGUGAAGUUAAAUGCCCCAGAUAAUGGCUACAUCAAGUGCUCAGGUGAUGGAAAUAACUAUGGUGCUACCUGUGAAUUCUCCUGCACUGGUGGCUAUGAGCUGCAAGGAAGCCCAGCCCGAGUCUGCCAAUACAAUUUGGGGUGGUCAGGAGUGGAGCCAACCUGUGCACCCAUGAAUAUUAAUGUGAAUGUUAGGACUGCAGCUGCACUUCUGGAUCAAUUUUAUGAGAAACGGAGACUGCUAAUUAUUUCAACUCCUACUGCAGCUAACUUCUUCUACAGGAUGCAGCUGGGGAUGCUGCAGCCGGCACAGUGUGGGUUAGACCUGCGACACGUCACCGUGGUGGAGUUGGUUGGUGUCUUCCCAGCACUGAUAGGAAGAAUAGGAGUGAAGCUGCUGCCCCCAUCACUUGCCCUGCAGCUCAGGCUGCUGCUGAGGAUCCCCCACUACAAUUUCAACAUCGUGGUGAUGGACAAGCACGGCAUGGACAAGGAGCGCUACCCUUUCCCAGCAACACCUGCUGAGCUCUUUGCCCUUAUUGACAAAUUCCCCUUGAGAAAAGAUGAGAUGAAACUGCAAGCAGAAAUUGGUCAGUCAUGUCCCUAAUUCAGGAUUCCAGGGCCUGCAGUUGUUGGUGAAUUUUUUUUUAACUGACAUAAUUCUCCCCUUGGUGCUAAACAAAACAUGGCUUUCUUAAUCACUGAUGUGAAUGUUUGUGUGUAUUAGUAAAUCUGUCCAGCCAUGUAGCUGCUCUGCAUAGAAGGGUGCACAAUGCUCUUUUGUACUUUCAGUCGUCUUUAAAUCAUGGAGUGGCCUGGGUUGGAAGUGACAUUAAAUAUCAAGUUCCAACCCUGCUGCUAUGGACAGGGACAUCUUGCACUAUCCCAGGUUGCUCAGAGCCCCAUCCAGCCUGGCCUUGAACACUGCCAGGGAUGGGGCAUCCACAGCUUCUCUUGGAAACCUGUGCCAGGGCCUCACCACCUGCACAGUGAAGAGUUUUUCCCUAAUAUCUAAUCUGAACCUGUACUCUUUACAAGUUGAAGCCAUUCUCUCUUGUCUGUCAUUCCAGACUCUUGUUAAAAAUCCCUCUCCAUCUUUCCUGUAGGCUCUGUUCAGGGACUGGAAGGCCAAAAUUAGGUCAUCCCUAAGCCUUCUCUUUUCCAGGCUGAACAGUCCCCAUUCUCUCAGCCUUUCCUCACAGGAGAGGUGCUCUAUCCCUCUCAUCACCUCGGUGGCCUUCUCUGGACUUGCUCUGACAGGUUGAUGUCCUUUCUCCUGCUGGGGACCCCACAGCUGGAUGAAUGUGGAUGUAGGAUUUACUACCUAAUGGAAUUUCUUGUACAGAGAGUAAAGAACUGUGGCAUGUUUCUGGGAGUUUAUUUUGGAUGUUUCAUUCAGUGUAAAAUUGGGGUUUAUUUCUUACUGUUUAUAAUUCUUAUUAUUAAUAAAUAUUGUUUUGUGUAAAAAUAUUUUAUAUAUUAGUAAAGGUCUAUCUGCACAAACUAGUCUUUGAAGUAAGUCGUGAUAUUAAAGGCUAAAGUCCUUGAAACCUUCCUGCAGAAGAGAGAGUAAAGCAAAACAAUAUCCUUGUGUAUAAGAGAAAGAAUGUAAACCUGUGUGCAUUAGCCAAUAGUAAUUUGCUUAGCCUGCGGACCCUGUAGAACCCUAUAAAAGUGUGCUAAAGAUAGAAAUAAACAGCGUUCACAAUUA